AUGGCACGGUCUCUGGCAAGCCUCCCUCUCUCCUUCUCAGCUGGCAGCAGAGAACCUCCAUCUUUUCGAUUCUACAAGGAAAACCUGGCCCCGCCGACGAGGAGCAAGCUUUUGAUCGCCGGGGUGCGUAUCGGAACGAUCGAUAUUCACGGCAUGGCCGUCAGCACGUACUCUCGAGCGGCGGACUACUGCAUGGCUUUCCUACAAUGGAGGGUGCUACUCCUGCAGCGCUUUGGUAUUGAACAUGGGUCGAGAGACGACAGCGAAGACAAGCGCCGUUGCCGCGCGGCCAGUUGCGAGCACAAACGCCGCUUUUGCCUGACACUCAGCCUUGGGCAGCCAGCCAGGACAGACCCCGACGGGUCAGGCGUUGAAUUAACGGGCAAAGAAACGGCAUGGGUGAGAAAAUGCUGCCGCAUCUUCGCGGAAACAAUCAAGGCCCGGCUACCCCAGCUGCCUAUCGAUGAGGACUUGAUGGAGCCUGAGGUCGCUCGGCAGUUACUGCAGGACAGCUUCGCCAAAUACAUGAUGGGGCGGUGCUUCUUCAUCACAGAUUCUGGGACACUGGGGCUCGGGUCAGGGGCUAUGGCCCGCGGCGAUGUUGUGGUCGUGCCAUAA